AUGGAUGUGGUGGAGCCCGAGGGUCUUGACCUACUACCUCCAGUCGCAGCCGUGGUGCCAGCUGAAGAAGAAAUUCCUCCUGAGAGAAGGUUGAGGACAAAGUCAAAGGGUGUGGAAGAGAUCCCCGACAGGGACCUCGAAGACCUUUUUGACAUUGACAAAAGGGAAGUGAUUGAGGCACCCCCAGCGAUGUCGAGAAUGGUUACCGAACCGGAAAAACUACACCCUGCCGAGGCCCACGCUUUGAAGAUCCUCACCAACCUUUCCACGGAAGCGGUGCAGCCCAACCAGAUUCACCACCUCCUCAACCUUUUGCCGGAUGAACGGUUUCCCCGAGGUGAAGUACCACCAGGUGAAGAACAUGAGAACCACGCGAAAUCACGGGCGAAAGAAAAGAAGGCCUGGUCAACGGGCGCCUUCAUCCAUGGAGGAGUAGCGGGCCUAAGGCGUUCUACGAGGUCGUUCCCAACAACCACGAAAGUGAUCAACGCUUACAUCAAGCAGGUGGACCCGAACCACCAAUGGACCUCAGUGGCCAUCCUCAAGAACCACCAGACAGCAAUGCACAAGGAUCCCCACAACAGCCUCUACCACCAAACGCUUUUGGCUCCUUUGACGAAGUUCCGGCGUGGUGGACUGUGGGUACCUGGUCCUGAAGAGGGGUACGCAGUGAUUCCCCGCCAAGUCCAGGGGCGGAAAGUGGAUGGACAUGUACUACAAGUAUCUCGAGGUCCAAUAAAGUUCUAUCCCCGAGAUUGGCAUGAAGUUUCAGGCUGGUCGGGAACCCGGGUGGUGUUGGCUGCCUAUACGAUUCGUUCUGAUGAAAGGAUCAAUGGGUCAGACCGGGAGUUUGCGAAUGAGCUUGGGUUUCAACUUCCUGACCUAGAGGGUGGAAGUGCUGACGAUGAACAACCUCCUCUACCACCUCCUGAACACCCUCCUCCGGCUUUGAGGCCAAUUCGAGUUGUUCGCGACAUGCUGAUCAAGUCCGCCCACAUCUCAGCCAUAAGGUUGGCCGGGUUGCGAUUGGAUUGGGAGAACUUUGACGACGUCAAGAGAAGUAUGAUAGAGGCAGUCCAUGUAAGAGACUUUGCCAACAAAAUUUGGAUGGAGCGCUACAACAUCCGCAGUGCUGUUCGAAUGGGGUGCGAAGCCGGACUAGAAGAACCCUUCGUCCAUCCUACCACGGGCGAGAACACUAUGAGAGAGUAUUGUACCGUGGUGGAUUGUGGUCACUCGAGAGAUCGGUUCUAUUGGUAUUUCACCUACAGGAGCGACGACUUCGUCGGGGAAAGAAACAUCGUGAUCUUCGGUGCGGAGGUGGAAAGACAGUACGUUAUCACGGACGAUGAAAUGAGGCAGGACAACUGGAACUACACCAGAGGCAACCCACAUAUGGGCCGACGUACCGAGAGCUACCUCGCCCUGAAUCAAAGCGGCGGGCCUGGACUGGGCCACGAAACAUGGAUGAGCGACGGCGACCCCCUAGAGGAGAUCCCCUCGACCGUUCAGGAGGAGAUCCCAUCGACUACCGGUCCUUACUUUGAAGAGAUCGACGAGGAGGUCCUUUUGCGUAUGGCCCAGGUAGAGAUCACCAACGAGUGGUUUGAGGAGCAGGCAGAGUCUUCGUCAUCUACGGCACGACUACACAAGACUGAAGUCACCUACACCAAAGGGAUCGAGGACUUGUUGGAGCAAUUGGAGUCAGAAGGCAAGGACUUGGAGGUCACCCACAACGUGGACGUUGCCGAGGUGAAGAAACAUUUGGACCGUUGGCGACCAUCUGCCGAAAAGGAGUUCUACAACCUUCGGGACACCAAGGAGGCCUUCUGCGUUACAACAAAGGAUCAGCUUCCCCCGGGCACCCUUAUC